AUGGGUGAUAGUCAUCUACUAUCCAUUGCUAUUCUUCUCUUCGCUCAUCCUCAUGGCAACAUUGCUAUUUCUCGUCCUGGUUUCUCUUCACAACAGCUGGUGUUCUUCGUGAUUGUGGGUUUUCUUGAAGUUUUCCUCUCUGCUGAAGACUCGAUUUCAAGUUCACUAGACAGAAUUUCUCCUCUCUGCUUUAGGGCACUUUGGCAACUUCAUUCCAAUGAGUUGAAGGUUCCUUUUGCUAUGACAUUUUUGCUGUGA